AUUGAAGGAUACAAAAUGGGGCCAGGUUGUACGACUCUAGAUUAUAUACUGAUUAAAGAGUUUCUUCGUUGGUACACUUAUACUCUUACAAUCAUAAAGGAAGAUCGGAUUGAGAUAUUCAACUGGAUAAGGAGAAUAUUAUUAGAAACUGAAGGAACUGUUGAAAAUAUUAAAGAUCCAGAUCACAGUUUUACCAAGAAAGAUUUUCUUUGGGUAGACAACCGGCGGUUCAUACCUAGAUUGCUUAAGGCUACGAUAAUACUGGCUCUUCGACUAUACCUAUUUACCGGUGUAAGGAUUGGGGCUUUCAUUCCACCUUACGAUAAAAGAUAUAUGAAAGGGCUAAGAUAUGAGUACAGUGCCCUAUUUAGGAUUGAAACUGUAGAGGACUUAGCUCAGUAUAACUUUUCUAUCUAUAAGAUAUCCUACUUACUAAAGAGUGAUUUUGUGAGCUACUGCGCGGAAUCGUUACGACUGCUGGAUAUAAUACCAGAGCUAAUUGAGAUUUACUGUCGAGUUGAGCAGCUUGAAGAUAUGAACACUGACAAAGAAUCUAUAGUUACUGAUAAGCUGAAGUAUAGAAAGACUUUGCUACGACUCCGUAUUAUUGGUCUGAAAGAAUAUUAG